AUGAGUUCUUGGUCAGAUACAGGCGGCCCGCCUCGCAAGAGAAUGCGGAAAGGGACGAAAAGCUGCAUUGAAUGUCGACGUCGGAAGAUCCGCUGUACUUACACUGCCGAUCACCGUAACGUCUGCAACGAAUGUCGUCUUCGGGGGUCUAAAUGCGUCGACCAGGAACAUAAUGAAGAUGAUAGGAGUUUACCCCCAGGGUCUGAACAGGGAGAGCAGCGCUAUAGUCUCCGGGAGCGUGUGGCUCAGUUGGAGAAUGUAGUGCAGGAUCUAGUCAAACGAUUGGAUCAGCAAAGUACAACCUUCAGCUCACCUGCUGAUAACCCCAGACUCAGUAAUACGUCUCCCGCCUCGGUCGAGUCGGACAAACUUGGCCCGUCUAGCAUUCAGAUACAGAAUGCCCCAGUUAUGCAGCUCUUCGACAAUUAUCUUGUCAGUCGACAGGAAGACCUAUCCAGUGAUGAUCAAUUCACCGGGAUCAGGGACAUGUCACCAAAAGCCCGCGCCGUGCGGGCUGAACUUUUAUCCUUACUCCCUCCCCAGAAGGACAUAUGGAAGAUCGUCAACGAGGGCUCAAAACUCUGGUGUGUCUGGGAAGAAAGCUUCCCCGAAAUCCAAAGCAUCUUUGAUCACAAGUGGGACUCUUGCGAAGGCCUUGUGGCUCCCGCCGACGUAGGAAAGGCAAUUGUCUGCCUCUGCAUGAGUGCCCUUCAAUCCCCAAAAAGUUUUGAUUUUGACAGUCUGCUUGUACCGAUUGAACCGGAAGAAUUCUCAAUUCGUUUAACAGGAGCCGUGGAUCGCUUAGUCGUCCGCGAUGAUGACUUCGCAGCAACACUACCGGGAAUCGAGUGUCAGAUGCUCCUGGCCAAAUUUCAUCUGAACGAAGGUCGCCUUCGAAAGGCGUGGCUGGUCACUCGUAGAGCUAUAGAAUUUGCCCACUUGGCCGGUAUGCAUCUGUCAACUCGAACUCGCAGCCCGCAAGACACCCUCUUCGUGAGACGACAGAAGAUCUGGUGUUCAUUGAACUGCUCAGAUAGAUCACUCAGUCUGAUUCUCGGGCUACCUUACGGAGUGACCGAAGCGAAUUUCUUACCCCAAAUUGAGCAACGCCUGAAGGACGGGCAUAAUGCACCAGCGGAAGAAUAUCUAUUUCGGAUCGGUGUGAUUUGUGGACAUAUGGUCGACCGCAACCAGAACCCAGCCGAUAUGUGCCUUGAGACUACACUGAAAUUGGAUUCCGAGCUUGAUAGUGCAUGGAGAUCGAUGCCUAGGAGUCUUUCUAGUGUUGAGCUUGGCCCCGACGAGCAACAAGAGCAAUUCCAUGCGCGAAUUCCCUUGCAGUUCAUGCCAAAGGUAUUACGAGCGCUGUUACAUUUACCUCUCAUGCUGAAAUACCCAUAUGAUUCACGGUUUGCCUUUUCCCAACGAAUGGCAAUCAAAUCUGCGCGCGAGGCACUGGCGAUCUACAAGGUGCUGCGAGCGAUGACCCGAUCUUAUCUGUGCAAGAUGAUUGAUUUCCUUGCUUUCACUAUGGGCAUGUUGCUCAUUGUGCAUUUAUAUGGUGACUCUGAUGAAUUUCCGGAACACAAUGAAGAAGAAGAUGAAUCCGACUGGAGAUUAGUAGGGGAAGUGGUCGAUAUUCUUCACCAGGCGAGGCAAGAAAAGGGUGGCUCUGUGGCAGCAGAGUCCUCCAAUAUUCUGGGGGGAGAUCUAUCGUACAAGAUCGCAAUGCCCUACUUUGGAACCAUCACCGUGGGUGCUGGAGCCAAGUUCCCUCGACCAGAUAAUAAAGGGCGUCAGAAUGAUGUCGUGAGCGGUCCAUUACCAGAGAGCCUAGCAACCAAACCAUCGCCAAACCAGCUGUACACUCCGCCACUAUCUGAUCCAGAGGGGAUGUCUGGGUGUCAUUCGGACACAUUUGGUGACAAUAUGCCAGUCCCAAGCUCUCUGGGGAUGGGCUGUCCGCCCGAGGCUCUACCAGGAGACGGUUUCGCAACGACGGCUUUCCCAGGCCCAGAAAUCAAUGCAUUCACGGGACUAUUUGAUGAUUUCAGUCAAUACUCGUGGUCAGCCCCUAAUGUUGACCUGGGAUUGGACCAUGGAUGGAAUCUGAAUUGGUUUAGUUAG